UUGUGCUGGAUGGAGCUUGACUGCCCUCGUGUGUCCAAACUCAGGAACGGCAGUUUCCCUGAAGGGGUAUUCUGUUCCAAGUUUUGUGAUCUGGAUGUUCAGCUGGUCUCAGAUCAAGCAUCCUCCUCUGUACUGACUCCACUAUCCCCAGCUUCAUCCCAUUCAUUAGAUUCCACAAUUGUCCUGGAGUCCACACGAAAGAGUAGGAACCCAACAGGGUUAAUGGAGCAGAAUGAAGCAAGACAGAAAGUUGAUUGUGUUCUGAGGGCCAAUCCAAAGGGUGAGGAAAUCUUCAAGGAGUAUGAAAAGACCAAAACACUAACAUGUCUGCAACCAGGACGUUCACCAUCUGUUUACGUGUGGCAUAUGUUAGAGCUACAUGGGAUGAUUCCAUGGUCAAGUGUGAAGACCAAUUAUGCACUGGGAAUUGUGACACUUUUUCCAUACCUCCAAGAUCCUUUCUCCAAACAUGGAUAUGAACACUACUAUGAUCCUUUAGGGUAAUACUGGCUUCAUUGCAUGCAGGAUCAAGACAGUUCAACAUAACACCUGUGCUGGCUCCCGGUGUUAUUCCAAGACUGUUCUUCAGGAUGGUCCAAAAAACAGACAAGAAUCUCUCUUAACUUGUCAACAGCGAUUUGGUGAGGAGUGCAGGGAGGCGAUAUCUACAAUACGACAUUUCACUGAUGAGAAGAUGAGCGACUUUCCAGUAUUGACCGAAGAUGGUCGGUGAGGAUGCAUCAUCUUCAGUCCUGGAUUUGUUCACUCGUUUCCUUGCUGUAUCUGGAUUGGUAAGAAAAUAUUUAGCUUUGGAAGUAGUUUUGAAAAGGAAAUGACCUUCUCUGUAGUUAUUAAAUGAGUUCACUGGUACAGUAGAGAAAGGAGUUGUUCAGUGAUCACCAUAACAACAACAGGCCGGUCCAAACUGAGAAAUUCAACGUUCUAAUCUUUUAUAUCCCAAAUGUAUGCAUAAAUAACACAGCAGAUCUUAAUUUUUAGUAUUUGAGCUUUUAUCCAUUUA